UGUAGCUCUAAAAAGACUAAUUUUCAAUCCAUGUGUCACAGACCAAUUUGAUUGACCUCAACAAACAUUUUCAAUCAGAGAUACCACUGUACUACUUAAAAAAAUCUCCAUGUUGUGUAUUGUAUAUUUGUGACUAAUUAGUUACAUUCUUUAAUAUUUUCACUUUUUUAUGCCUUUCCAUAUUGUAGAAAUAAUUUGUUUGAAAGCUCUGCAUUAAAUCAAAAACACAAUGCCCACUUGGAAUCAAAUUCAACAGCAGCUCAAACAUCCUGACAACCCAGUAGUCUUUUUUGACAUCACUGUUGGACAAACAGUAAGUCUAGUAACAGAGAUUGGCCGGCUCAUCAUGGAGCUUUAUGCUGAUGUCUGCCCCAAAACAGCUGAAAAUUUCCGUCAACUUUGCACGGGGGAAAUGAGGCGUGACGGCGUGCCAGUUGGCUAUAAGGGCGCCCCCUUCCACAGAGUCAUAAAAGACUUCAUGAUACAAGGAGGAGACUUCGUCCGGGGAGACGGAACUGGAACAACCAGCAUAUACGGGCCUAGCUUCAAUGACGAAAAUUUUGUAUUAAAACACGACGGACCAGGUUUAUUAUCUAUGGCCAACAGUGGUCGUGACACCAAUGGAUGCCAGUUUUUCAUCACGUGCGCCAAAUGCGACUUUUUAGACGGAAAGCACGUUGUUUUCGGCAAGGUUAUAGACGGAUUAUUAGUUAUGAGAAAAAUAGAAAACGUGCCGACUGGUCCGAACAAUAAGCCUAAGAUAUCUGUUGUUAUCUCGCAAUGUGGUCAGAUGUAAAAACUUUAGAUAUUAGUAAUCAUCGUAAGUCCUUUCAGUACAAAA